AUGCCAAAAGGUGAAAACAUGGAUUGCGGUGCUAAUCUCAUUUGUUCUAAUGACAUUCCUUCAAUACAAACAGAAUCUAGACAACGCCAAAUACUUUCUAAUAAGAUCAAUAAUUAUUAUGAAUCUGAAAAUUAUUCUUCCGAUCAGAAUUGUAUGGAAAGAAUGUACCUCUUUCUGGAUGAAUUAGGUUCUGGUGGUUUCGGGAAGGUUAAAUUGGCAAAGCAUAUCCUCACGGGGGACCAAGUUGCGAUUAAAAUUAUUGAUAAGAAGAGCAUUCCUAAUGAUUUACCGCGAGUAUUCAGCGAGAUGGAAGCCUUAAAGCUACUGGCUCACCAAAAUAUUUGUCGUCUAUUCCAAUUCCGCGAAACGGAAGACAGGUUUUAUAUUGUGAUGGAGUAUUGCAAUGGUGGAGAGAUGUUUGAUUAUAUUGUUCGCAAGGAGCGGCUUGGAGAAUCUGAGGCACGCCAUUUCUUUAGACAGUUUACUGGUUCAAGGAGUGGCAUACAUUCAUUCAAUGGGUUUGUUGUGAUUUCAAUGGUUUGUUUAAAAAAUUUAGGUUUUGCUCAUCGAGAUUUAAAACCUGAAAAUUUGUUGUUGACCCAAGAGCUCCAAUUAAAGGUGAUUGAUUUCGGGCUUUGUGCAAGACCUUUAAAUGGGUUGACUAGGCCACUUGAAACUUGUUGUGGUUCCCCUGCCUAUGCUGCGCCCGAACUUAUCCAGAAUCAAUCCUAUUUUGGGAACGAAGCUGAUAUUUGGUCAAUGGGUGUUUUGUUAUAUGCAUUGCUCUGUGAUGACACAAAUAUGCCUCGAUUGUACAAACAAAUUACGCUGGGACAAUAUUUUGAACCUGAUUUCUUGUCACAAUCUUGCAAAGAUUUAUUACGUUCAAUGCUCACUGUUGACCCAAAGAAACGUGCAACUAUUCAACAAAUACUUGUCCAUCCUUGGCUUAAUUCCAAUUAUGAACAACAAAUUAAAUGGCAAAGUAUUUAUAAUCGAGAUGUAGUGGAUGAUGAAAUUAUUAGAGAAUUAGUUUGCUUUUUUAAAAUAAAUACCGAGGAUAUGAUUGCGCGAAUUAAACAGUGGCGCUUUGACUAUAUUUGUGCAACUUAUCUUAUUCUUUUACAAAGGAAGGAGCAAAAAAAGAAUUUUGCACUUCCUUUCUACGAUAAGAAUUUCAAUUGCAAUUUUCCAUGCUCAUCAACUAUUCACUCUUCAUUGGAAAAUGAUUUGGAUUUAUCUGGCUUUGAAGAUAUUAUUAAAUUCUCUAAUUCCGAUGACGCAAAUGAAAUUAUGACAGAGUUGAAGUCCUUGGCUCUACUUUCUCCACCUGUCUUCACAAAUACAAAACAAAUGCCUUCAAUUCCUUCCACAUUCUCUCCAUAUGAAGGUGGUAAACAAGGCCAAAGACUUGACGCUAAUUCCAUCACGCCACGUAAACCACAGCAACGUAAACCUUCUUAUGAGGCACCCACACAUCAUAGACCAACACCUUCGAACAAAGGUGGUUGUAGUGUUUAUACAACACCUAGAAGAGGCACUGUUGAAUUUCCUGGACCGAUUGUAGGAGGAUUUGCUUAUCGCCGUCCGAAUUCUGUUGAUAGACCGCCUUCCUUGAGAUUAGAGAAGAAUGAUCCUGCUGAUGAAAAUUCUCCACCAAGUCUUCAUUUUAACAACAAUACCCAAAAGUCCGAAAGUUGUGAAAGAAGAUCGCGUAUUGAUAUGUGCCGAGUUUAUAACAGUUGUAAUAACAAUAGUAAACAGUUACAAAAUAACAAAUCACCGCAUCGGUUCCGCCAACGCGUGUUUUCGUCAUUAGAACGAAAAGCUGAUAAAAUGAUUAGUUUGCUAACUCCAAAGAAGAUUAAAUCAGAAGCUCCAACUAAACUUAAAUGUACAGAGCCAAUGGCUAACGUUUCGGUUACAUCGUCUAGUGAUCCAGUAAAAGUGCGUGAGGAAUUGUGGAAGGUACUUUGCAAUUUGGGAAUGAAUGCUACGCAGAAUGGAUGGAAGGUUAGUGGAUCUCGAAAAAAUUCAAAUAACCCGAAAAAAGAUGCCACUGUCGAACUUGAAGUUGUUUCUAUUGAGGGUUUACAAUAUGUUGGUGUGAAACGCAGAAGAGUUCAUGGUGAACCAUUCACCUAUAAAAGAAUUUGCGAAGAAGUAAGUCCUAUAUAA